AUCGUCACUCAUACGUCAUCGCCAGCGGAUGAAGCAUGUCCCGCUGUCUAUAGCAAGUUCAUACAAACUGCAAACAACCCUCCGUUAAAUCAUGUCCUCGGACGAUGCUUUUAAAGUAAGUUUACAGCCAUUUACGGUUAUUUCGUCAUAUUCGUAUUAUUGUUCAGUUGCUAUACAAGUUUGGUCUAAACUGUAGUCCGUAUGACACUAUCACGCGGUUUGGUAACUGUUUUUUGUUUUCCAGGUGUCCUCCCUUAAGGGGAAAGUGGCUCUGAUAACAGGCGCGAGCUCAGGUAUAGGAGCUGGCACGAGCGUCCUGUUCGCUAAACUCGGGGCUCUGUUGGCCCUGAACGGGCGGGACGUGGAAAACCUGCAAAAAGUGGCCCAACAGUGUACCGAGUGUGGAGGAGCUGAGGUAACAGGACACAGUGGGACUGAGAGAGGACGAGAAGACUGAGGGGCUGAGUGAAGUCCAGAGUUUGACUCUGACACAGGGCAUUAAUAUAAGGACUGUACCCAUAGGCUGUAUACAGGCUAUGACUGUACCCUGUUAGCAGUACAGCCUGUUCUAGGUAAAGUCUGGCACAGCAUAACUGUGCCCAGGGGUUAAAAAUAUACCUCCCUAAACAAAUACAUGUAAUAUAACCAUCAGCAUUCAUGUGUGUGACACUAAGCAGCACAGACACUAAGAGGACUUGAUAUGUGACGUGAUGCACAAAAAUCUCAAAGUCGAUGAAACCAAACAAAACUAGUAAGUUAUAUAUAUAUAUAUAUAUGUGUGUGUGUGUGUGUGUGUGUGUGUGUGUGUGUGUGUGUGUGUGUGUGUGUGUGUGUGUGUGUGUGCGCGUGUGUGCGUGUGUGUAUUUAUACAGUGGAUAUAAAAAGUCUACACACCCCUGUUUAACUGCCAGGUUUUCGUGAUGUAAGAAAAUGACAGCAAGAUAAAUAUUUUCACAACUUUUUUCACCUUUGAUGUGACCUGUAACCUGUAUGAUGCAAUUGAAAAACAAACAGAAACCCUUAAGGAGAAAAAUAAAAAAUAGAAAAGUUAAAAUAACCUGGUUGCAUAAAUAUGCACACCCUUAAACUAAUACUUUGUUGCAGCACCUUUGGCUUUUAUUACAGCACUCGGUCUUUUUGGGUAGGAGUCUAUCAGCGUGGCACAUCUUGAUGUGGAAAUAUUUGCCCACUCUUCUUUGCAAAACCGCUUCAAAUCUGACAGAUUGCAAGGGCAUCUCCUAUGCACAGCCUUCUUCAGAUCACCCCACAAAUGUUCGAUGGGUUAGAUUCAGGUCUGGGCUCUGGCUGGGCCAUUCCAAAGUCUCAAUCUUAUUCCGGUGAAGCCAUUCUUUUGUUGAUUUAGAUGUGUGCUUUGGGUCAUUGUUGUGCUGAAAGAUGAAGUUCCUCUUCAUCUUCAUCUUUCUAGCAGAAGGCUGAAGGUUUUGUGCCAACACUGACCGGUAUUUGUAACUAUUCAUAAUUCCCUCCACCCUGACUAAAGCCCCAGGUCCAGCUAAAGAAAAAAACGCCCCGAAGCAUGAUGCUGCCACGACCAUGCUUCACUGUAGGUAUGGUGUUCUUUUGGUGAUGAGCAGUGUUGAUUUUGUGCCAAAUAUACCUUUUGCAAUGAUGCCCAAAAAGUUGAUUUCAGACAGAUUUCAGAUGUCUUUUUGCAAAAUUAAGCCGGGCUUUGAUGUUUUUCUUUGUAAGAUAAGGCCUCCAUCUUGCCACCCUACCCCAUAGCCCAGACAUAUGAAGACAGCGGGAGAUUGUUGUCACAUGUACUUCACAGCCAGUACUUACUAGAAAUUCCUGCAGCUCCUUCAGUGUUGCUGUUGACCUCUUAAUAGCCUCCCUGACCUGUUUUCUUCUCGUCUUAUCAUCAAUUUUGGACAGACGUCCUGUUCUUGGUAAUGUCACUGUUGUGCCAUAUCUUCUCCACUUGAUGAUGACGGUCUUUACUGUGUUCCAUGGUAUAUUUAAUUUGUUGGAAAUUCUUUUGUAGCCCUCACCUGACUGAUAUCUUUGAAUAAUGAGAUCCCUCUGAUGCUUUGGAAGCUCUCUGAGGACCAUGGUUUGUGCUGGAAGAUGUGGCUACAGAAAUAUCAGGAAAAGCUACUAGAACAGCUGAACUUAAUUUGGGGUUGAUUAGAGGCACUUUAAUUGGUGACAGGUGUGUGCUGACUCCAAUUUAACCUGAGUUUGAAUGUUAUUGGUUAAAUCUGAACACAGCCACAUCCCCAGUUAUUAAAGGGUGUGCAAACUUAUGCAACCACAUGAUCUCAGUUGUUUAUUUUUACUUCUCCUCCCUGAAAGAUUUCUGUUUGUUUUUCAAUUGUGUUGUACAGGUUAUAGGUCACAUUAAAAGUGGAAAAAGUUGUGAAAUUAUUUAUCUUGAUUUAAUUUUUUUUACAUGAAAAAAACCUGGCAGUUGAACAGGGGUGUGUAGACUUUUUUAUAUCCACUGUAUAUAUACAGAGACGUGUCAAGGGAGACAACAGACAAUUGAAUUUCCCUUUGGGGAUUAAUAAAGUUCUUUUGCUUCUUAAAUAUGAUCAAUUAUCAUCACCAAUUAUUAUCAAAGGCUGAUAACCAGUCUGGCCCUAAUAUUAAAUGUAGUUAAGCAUUAAAUAUACAACUCCAAAAAGCAAAAGUAGACAAAAAAGUUACUCUUCUGUGUGUAGCCUCUGCUUGUCCCCGGAGACCUCACUGAUGAGGAGACGGUGAAGAAGACAGUGGAGCAAACUAUCGCUCACUAUGGCCGGCUGGAUGUCCUGGUGAACAGUGCUGGUAUCCUGGCCAUGGGCAGCAUCGAGACCACAGACCUGGCUCAGUACGACAAGGUCAUGAACGUCAACGUCAGGUGGGAUUCAAACAGAAGCAUGUGAUACAUAGUGUUCCUUAUAAGUGAGAUAAUAGAUAGGUCUGCUUUUAAUCGAGAGAGCAUCUUUGUAAAACUGAGAAAUAGUCAUUGUAAAGUGGGAGUUAUGCUGUGGGCAUGUCCAGUCCACUAACUUUUGCUCCCUGUUCCAGAUCUGUAUACCACCUGACUCACCUCUGUGUUCCUCACCUGAUCAAGACCAAAGGCUCCAUCGUCAACGUGUCCAGUGUGAACGGACAGAGAUCAGUGAGUGUGGAGCAGAUGGACUCAGAUUUGUUUCUGUUUCAAGUGUCAUCAUGAUGCUGUCAUCACUGUGGUUUUCUUCUCUGCAGUUCCCUGGUGUGCUGGCAUACUGCAUGUCUAAGUCUGCCAUUGAUCAGUUCACAUGUUGUAUAGCACUUGGUGAGUGUUUUUUUUUUCUCCUCUCAUACUGUCUGUUCAAUGUAGCAAAAGUCCCCAGAAGAAAAAACACAAUUAAUUUUUCUGUUUCCUGCAGAGCUUGCAUGUAAGCAGGUCAGAGUGAACUCUGUCUGGUAAGCAUUUCAACUCCAGUAACCAAUAUGGUCACAGUUGGUCAGUACAGACAUGCAAAAAAGUGCAGAAAGCGGUUGUUCGUUUAUGUUGUGCUGUGUGAUGUGUCCCUGAUUCUGCUGCUUCUCCUCAGUCCUGGUGUGAUCAUCACAGAAGUCCACAAGAGAGCAGGACUGGAUGAUGUACAGUAUACACAGGUAACACCCUGCAAAAAUGUCUCAAACUUUGUCAUCACUUUAGAUACUGUCUUGCUUCUACUUUUGCAGCUGAUUGCACGGAAAAUCAUUUGUAGCAACCGCAUUGAAGCAACACUAUGAAGCAUGUCUUGCAAAUAGAAAUAUUGUGUGCAGUGGGGGUGACUCAAUACCAGAUUUUCACCUCAUGAGUGAUGUGGCCAUUAUUAAAGACAUACAGAGCGGUGAUGGUGUACUGAAGUGUGUUAUAAAAUAAAGGUGUUCCUAAUGUUUUGGCCACCUCAUUAAGAAAACAUUUGGGGGCCGAAACAUGUGGAACACCAGUCAUUAUCAUUCACUACAGCUCCAACAGUUACAUCCUUUUGUUUUUGAAUCCUUCAUCAGUUUCUUGAGAAGUCUAAGCAGACCCAUGCCCUCGGUCGACCUGGGGAGGUGGAUGAAGUAGCCCACAGCAUCGCUUUCUUGGCUUCGGAUGCCGCCAGCUUCAUCACAGGAGUGAAUCUUCCUGUCGACGGGGGCCGUCACGCCAUGUGCCCUAGAUAGGUUGAUGUAUGUGAGGAUGCAGCAGUCGGUCAAUAUAAUGAUUUUAAAGUCAAAGUCUAUGCCUGUGUCUCAUUAUUAGAGUCUCUUUGUUACUGGAGCUGUUGUCCAAGUUAAAUCACAAGUAGAUGGUUUGUUUACCCACUUCAACACGUACUUGUAAUGUAAAGAAGGAGAGAGUUGCUCAUCAACAAAAGGUUUUAGACUUUUAUUGAAUUACCUGAAGAGCCGAUCGACUCCAUUCACUCCACAUCAUACCUCUGUACAGACCAAACACCUGUGACUACAUGUACCACGGUAGUUUAUUGUUGCGUAUUGUAAGAAAUCCUCUGAGUUUACUGAUUGGUGGAACCAACCAUCAUUGCUGCACCUUUGAAUAACAAUCAAGAGACAGUAAAUAAAAGGAUGGUCGUGUCCUAAAGUACAGUUGAUUGUUUUAAAACAGUAAAUAAACCAAGACAGACGGACUGGAGAAUCUUGAAAGCUCUAAGUGUCAUCAAACUCUAGUUGAUACCUGCUUUUAAAGUAGAAAGCUAAUGAGAAAUUAAAUAAACUUUAAAUAGAAACCCCA